AUGGGUGUUGAAGUUCCAGAGGAAGAUAUUACGGCCUCAGAAUGUCUAAACAGUGAACAACAACAUGUAUAUGAUGCAGUCCUAGAAAAAGUACUCGAGAAUAAAAGCGGUUCAUUUUUUAUAGAUGGUCCAGGCGGGACGGGAAAAACAUUCUUAUACAAGGCAAUUUUGGCAACAUUACGAUCAAGAAAUUUAGUAGCACUUGCAACUGCUUCAUUAGGGGUUGCUGCAUCUAUUCUUCCUGCAGGGCGAACAGCACACUCACGUUUUAAACUCCCACUUGGUACUAGCGAAAUGAACACAUGUUCUGUCAACAAACAAAGUGGUCUUGGAAGCCUACUUCGCACAACUCGAUUAAUAAUAUGGGAUGAAGCUCCAAUGACACGAAAACAACAUAUAGAAGCAUUGGAAAAAAUGUUACGUGACAUCACUGAUGUAGAUGUAACAUUCGGUGGAAAAGUAGUCAUCUUGGGUGGAGAUUUUAGACAGGUUUUACCUGUGGUUCGUAAAGGAACGAGAGAAGAACAAGUUCGUUCCAGUUUGGUUUAUUCAUAUUUGUGGCCUUCCUUGACCAAGUUCCAAUUAAUUGAAAACAUGCGAGCACGAUUGGAUCCUGCAUUCUCAGAUUAUGUUUUAAAAGUUGGCAAUGGAAUGCCACCAAACACAGUCAAUGAAAUGAUAAAAAUACCAACUUGCAUGCUUAUUCCUUAUGUUGAUGAUAAGUUUUCUUUAGAUCGUUUGAUUGAAGAUGUUUUCCACAACAUUCACGAUUUUUCACAAAAUAUUUCCAGUAUGAUGAAACGAGCCAUACUAACACCAAAAAAUGAUUUUGUUGAUGAAAUAAACACUUUGUUAAUUCAUAGAUUCCCUGGUGAAGAACAACGAUAUUAUAGUUUUGAUGAAACAACAGAUUCAUCUGAACAAUCAGUGAUGGAAGAUUUCUUAAAUAAUCUAACCCCAAAUGGACUCCCUCCACAUGAAUUGUUACUUAAGAAAAAUUGCCCAAUCAUGCUUCUCAGAAACAUUAAUCCUUCAGAAGGCCUAUGCAAUGGAACGCGCUUAAUUUGUCGAGCUUUUGAUAAAAAUAUCAUAGAUGCAGAAAUUGCAGUGGGACAAAGGGAAAAGAGUGUUCAUUCCUAG